UAGGAAUCAGUAGAGGUGCAACUGGCAUAGGCAACGCCUACCGCUGCAAGCACGGUGGCGGGAUUGCGUGUGGUACGCGUUCGUUUCGCGGGCUCGCGGGCAAGUUGGCAGCCUGCGCGGAAGUCGUAAGUAGGGGCUUAGUCGCCUAGCCAUGCGCACUCAAAACGUGUAUCUCCGUAGCCAUCGUAGGAUCCAGCGCAAGGUUUUGCUCGGGACGACUUCCAGCGGCCAGGGCCGAUGUCGGCGAAGUCGAAGCCCGAGGUCUUGUGCGACUUGGGUAUGGAGUGCUUCAAGAAGGGCGACACCGCCAAAAGCAUCAAGUUUUUCGAGCAGGCCCUGCCACUGCUGGAGGGCGAUGCCACGAACUCGUUGCUCGUCACGGCUCUUCUGAACCUCGGCGUAUCCCACAUGGUUGCCGGCGACGCGGACAAGUCGGCCGCCACGCUGGAGCGGGCGCUGGCGGUGCAGGAGGCGGCGCUGGGCGAGCACAGCCCCGAGCUGGCCGGGACUCUCCAGAACCUCACGGUGGUGUACAGCAAGCUCGGCCGCACGGAGCAGGCGGUGGGGUGCAUGCAGCGCGCCGGGGAGAUCGAGAGCCGCGCGGCGGCGCAGGCGAAGGUCGCCGAGCUGGAAGCUGCGGCCGGCCCGACGGUCGAGGAGGAGUGCCGGUGAGGACGCUCGCGCCCUGCGAGGUCAGCCUGGCGACGCCUCGGACGGGUAUAAUGGGCAGGGAGGGCAGGCCAGGGCAUCCCCAAGGGCUCUCUGUCGCAGAGUUGUCCCCCCGGGUCCCUGCCCAGACUUGGACGGGCACCUGGCCGAGAUUCUCGAGCCGUUGAUUUUCACUCGGGAUGUGGCGACAGAGGCACUCGAGCGUUGCAACCAGACAAGGCUUCAGUCUGAGCUGGUUGCUCUCAUAGCUAGUAUGUUCCCUUGCAGGAUGCUUCGCUUCAUCAAUCUGGUCGUUGAGGGCACUGGCUUCAGUGAAAAGCGCUGGAAGAUGCCCAGUAUUGCUUUUACGGCGGGCAGCUUGCAGACUACCGAGUAUUGAGCAGUGUCGUACACCGCCUCGUGUAUUCCGCCAAAACUGCAGCACAUCGACAAGCAGAUAUUUGUUGUUAGCAGCCCGCCGAUGAUUAAGGCACCGCAGGAAUCAGUCGUCG